AGUCCUAACCGUCCUCAGUUGCAAGCAAAGAUAAGAGACGGCGUCGUUUUUUACUCUGCAACGUCACCGCACCAUCUGAAGUUGGAACCGAAGUUGGGGCCCUGGGGAAACUUCUGCGGAGAGGCAGGACGGGAGGAUGACGUUGAAAUCAAUCUUCGACGCCAAAGAAAUCAGAGCGGAAUUCGAGGCGGCGGGUAUAAACCCUAGCUUCAUCCCCAUUAUAUGGAAGCAUGCGAUCAUCUCCAACAACAACGACAACUUCGAAUGGAAUCACAUCCCAUCCUUGCCCUCCGCUGCCUACCCUAUCCUUUACUCCAAAUUCAAGCCCCUCACUUCGUCCCUCCACUCCCUCCUCCACUCCUCCGACCAAGUCACCUCCAAGCUCCUCAUCAAGCUCCAGAACGGGGCUCUUAUUGAGGCCGUGAUCAUGAGGUACGACACGCGUUUGGGGAAAUACAACGGCAAGCCCCGCCCCGGAGGUCCCAGGUCCACCCUGUGCGUUUCCUCCCAGGUCGGUUGCAAAAUGGGAUGCAAAUUCUGUGCCACGGGGACGAUGGGCUUCAAGAACAAUCUCUCGUCCGGAGAGAUUGUGGAGCAGUUGGUUCACGCCUCUCGUAUAUCGUCUAUACGCAAUAUCGUUUUCAUGGGAAUGGGGGAACCAUUGAAUAACUACGCUUCGUUAGUGGAAGCUAUUCGUGUCAUGACAGGGCCACCGUUUCAGUUGUCGCCGAAGAGGAUUACCGUCUCAACCGUUGGCAUCAUUCCUGCUAUUAACAAGCUUCACAAUGAUGUGCCGGGUUUGAACUUGGCAGUUUCACUGCACGCACCAGUUCAAGAUAUCCGUUGUCAAAUAAUGCCUGCAGCUCGGGCUUUUCCUCUGGAAAAGCUUAUGGAUGCUCUGCAAGACUAUCAAAAGAACAGUCAGCAAAAUAUUAUGAUCGAGUACAUUAUGCUUGAUGGGGUGAAUGAUGAAGAGCAGCAUGCCCACCAGCUUGGCAAGCUGCUAGAUACAUUCCAAGUGGUUGUUAACUUAAUACCUUUCAAUCCAAUUGGUAGUGCGAGUCAAUUCCGAACCAGUAAUGAACAUCGGGUGUCAAGAUUUCAGAAAAUUCUUAGGGGAACCUAUAGCAUCCGAACAACAGUGCGCAAGCAAAUGGGUCAGGAUAUAAGUGGUGCAUGUGGCCAGCUGGUGGUUAACCAACCUGAUAAGAGGUCAAUUGAAAAAUCAAGUCUCUUAACUGACAUAGAAGAUCUUCAUCUUUGAUGUAGCCAAAAUCAUUGCAGGUCAGGGAGUUCCCAUUUCGGCUUGACAAUGACAACGGACUGAAAGUUAACGGCUAUGGCCACACCACAAGAUGGGAGUCUAGAGAGGGAUAAUUACCGAAAAUCUUUAAUGCCGGCACGAGACGUGCUACACGCCAGAAUGUAUGUGCGUCGACAAGCCAUGACCCCGUGGCCCGGUGAUUGAGAUGCGGGUUUUGGUGUUUUUUAUUUUUUGGUUUUUUUUUAGGCUUUUAAGUUUUGUUUGGGCUUUUAUGUAAUUUUAGUGGGUCGUUGACCCAAAUAUGAUUAGAGUAAGAAUUUAAUAUGUAGUCUACGACUAUCAAAACCUAAUUUUUUUUUAGUGUUAGUAGCUUUAUGAAUUAUGGUAAGCUAUGAAAAGCCUCUCAUUAGGCGCUGAGAGUUCAAAGAUAAA